CAGCCACAUCCACACACUCCCAUAAAUACAUACAUUCAAACAUAUAUAUUUCCAUACCGUGGGGCUUGGUCACUGCCUGCCUGCACACAGCUACCCCGUACAGGACACCACCGGCUGAGAAAAAAUGCCUUACGAGCUAAAGAAAGUGUUCGCCAGUCUCCCACAGGUGGAGAGAGGGGUGGCAAAAAUUAUCACUGGAGACCCAAAGGGAAAUAACUUUCUGUACACCAAUGGAAAAAGUGUCAUCAUCAGGAAUAUUGAGAACCCAGCUAUUGCUGAUAUAUACACUGAGCAUGCCCAUCCAGUUGUUGUUGCCCGUUAUGCUCCCAGUGGAUUCUACAUUGCAUCUGGAGACACUUCUGGAAAGCUGAGGAUCUGGGACACAACCCAGAAAGAGCACUUGCUAAAAUAUGAGUACCAGCCAUUUGCAGGAAAGAUUAAAGAUAUCGCUUGGACUGAGGAUAGCAAGAGAAUCGCUGUGGUGGGUGAAGGCCGGGAAAAGUUUGGCUCUGUCUUUCUUUGGGACACUGGCUCCUCAGUUGGAGAAAUUAGUGGCAACAUCAAAGUCAUCAACUCUGUGGACAUCAAACAGACAAGGCCGUACCGUCUAGUGACUGGCAGUGAUGACAACUGCUGCGCUUUCUUUGAAGGGCCACCUUUCAAAUUCAAGUUUACAAUGGCUGACCACAGUCGGUUUGUAAAUUGUGUCCGAUUCUCUCCAGAUGGAAGUAGACUUGCCUCUGCUGGUGCUGAUGGGCAGAUUUUCCUUUAUGAUGGGAAGACCGGCGAAAAGGUUGGCAAUCUUGGAGGAAGUAAAGCACACGAUGGUGGCAUUUAUGCGGUUAGCUGGAGUGCUGACAGCACCCAACUGCUUUCUGCAUCUGGUGACAAAACGGCAAAGAUCUGGGACGUUGCUGCUAAUUCUGCAGUCACUACAUUUCAUCUUGGCACAGAAGUAUUGGACCAGCAGUUGGGCUGUUUGUGGCAAAAGGACUACUUGCUGUCUGUUUCACUUUCCGGUUACAUCAAUUAUCUGGACAAAAAUAAUCCUUCCAGGCCAUUACGUGUAAUUAAGGGGCACAACAAGUCAAUACAGUGUAUGACUGUACAUAAUAGUGAUGGCCGCUCUACCAUUUAUACAGGAAGUCAUGAUGGACACAUCAAUUAUUGGGAUGCUGAGACAGGGGAGAAUGACACAUUCACUGGUAAAGGCCAUACCAACCAAGUUUCUAGGAUGGACCUGGACAGCUCCAAUCAGCUGAUCACUUGCAGUAUGGACGAUACUGUGCGCUAUACCAGUCUGACCAGCAAAGAUUACAGUUCUUCGGAAUCUGUUAAAAUGGACGUUCAACCUAAAUGUGUUGCUGUUGGUUCUGGUGGAUAUGUUGUAACAUUAUGCAUUGGGCAGAUUGUUCUGCUGAAAGACAAGAAAAAGGUUUUUGCAAUUGACUCGUUGGACUAUGAACCAGAGGCUGUAGCAAUUCACAAGGGCUCCGGCACAGUUGCUGUUGGUGGAGUGGAUGGGAACGUUCACCUGUAUUCGAUUCAAGGAAAUUCUUUGAAGGAUGAAGGCAAGAGCUUACCAGUAAAAGGUGCAGUGACUGACCUUGCCUAUUCCCAUGAUGGUGCCUUCCUUGCAGUCACCGACGCUAACAAAGUCGUUACAGUCUUCAAUGUGGCUGAUGGAUAUUCGGAGCAAAAUGUUUACUAUGGACACCAUGCAAAAGCUGUUUCUGUAGCCUGGUCUCCUGACAACGAGCACUUUGCAAGUAGUGGCAUGGAUAUGAUGGUGUAUGUUUGGACCUUGAGCGAUCCAGAUGCAAGAAUCAAAAUACCAGAUGCCCAUAGGCUACACCAUGUGAGCAGCUUGGCCUGGUUGGACGAACACACGUUGGCGACGGUAUCCCAUGAUGCAUGUGUAAAACAGUGGACAGUCACCUUCAAAUGAGCACACCCCACUACCUUAGAAUAAAGAUGUUCAGGGACGGAAACUACUGCAUUGGGAAUAAUAAUAAUAAAAAAAAAAUCUCUAUCUGUU